ACAAUUUUACCUCACUGACCUCGAGAACGUGACAGAAUGACACACCCCUUUGAUUUAUGGAAGGCUGAAUUACAUAUUAAUAUGUUUUCAAAACUCCUUUUCAACGAAUACUUUAUAUUUCAUUGCUUACGUGAAAAUCAAUAUAAAAUGGGAGCUCAAAAGACUGUCACACCUGUAUUAUUUCACACACUGAGACAAGUAAUCUGGUGCUAAUGCUUUCCUGAAGCGAAUGGGAGAUGAACUUGGUCUACCAGUGCGGCUUAUAGAGGUUCAUCCUGGCAAGAUAGUGGUUGUCAUUACAUGGGAAGGGACACAUCCACACCUCAAAAGCAUUGUCCUUAACUCCCACAUUGAUGUUGUCCCAGUCUUUCCAGAACACUGGGAUUCUGACCCAUUUGAAGCAAAGAAAAAGGAGAAUGGAGACAUCGUUGCCAGAGGAUCCCAGGACAUGAAAUGUGUUGGCAUUCAGUACAUUGAAGCUGUCCGUAGACUGAUGAAAGCUGGAAAGAGGUUGAUGCGUACAAUACACAUGACAUUUGUGCCAGAUGAAGAGAUUGGUGGAAACCUUGGAAUGGGUGAAUUCACAAAGACACAAGAGUUCAAGGACCUCAAUGUUGGAUUUGGGCUUGACGAAGGACUUGCCAACCCGACAGAAAAGUUCAGUCUUUAUCAUGGAGAACGGGCCAUUUGGUGGGUUGAAGUGACCUGUGUUGGAAGGCCGGGCCAUGGAUCUCAGUUUAUACAAGAUACUGCUGCUGUGAAACUGCAAAAAGUCUUGACUGCAUUCUUGAAAUACAGGGAUCAAGAAGAGGCACGAGCAAAGAAGAGCGGUGUUACUGUAUUAGGAGAUGUGAACACUGUCAACUUAGUCAAGUUAUCAGGAGGAGUUGCCAAUAAUGUUGUGCCCAGUGACCUCACAGUUCUCUUUGAUCUACGUGUCUCUCCAUACACGACCCCCGAGGAUAUGGUGAAGAAACUAGAUGAACUGGUAGCAUCAGGCGGGCCUGGUGUUACUUAUAAACUACCUCGGAAAGGAGUCAGCUACACAACCCCUCUGGGUGACGAUAACACCUGGUGGCAGACAUUCAAGAAAGCAUGUGCGAAAGAGAAAGCGGAGCUACAGGUUGUGAUUUUUCCAGCAGGGACCGACAGCAGGUACAUCCGAGCCUUGGGCAUUCCUUGCCUGGGUUUCUCACCCAUGAACAACACUCCGAUCUUACUCCACGAUCACAACGAAUACCUCAACGAAGACGUCUUUCUCCGCGGUAUCUCCAUAUACGAGACCAUCAUCACCGAGAUUGCCAACGUGCCUGAAGCUUGAUUUGGAGAGAAUAUCAAAUUUAUAUUGUUAACCUAGAUUGCAGGGGUUCUAAACUCAUUUGUUUGCUCUCUCUAUGCAUUUGAUGCAUAGUUUAAAGAGAGCAGCCAGAAUAUAUUGUAUAUUUGAUUUGUACUAGGUUUUUUUUGUAUUUUUUAAACUUUUUUAAAAAGCUUCUCUGAUUCAGAUAAUAUACCCUGUGAUAUGUAGCUUUUUUCAAAGCAUUUGACCAUCAGCACCCAAUAGUUUAGCAUAUAAAUCCCAGUGACAUGAAUAGCUUAUAAAUUACAACAUUGUAUAGAUCUAGAUCUAGGAAGGUUUUCUUUUUAGUAUUUGUGUUUGAAAUAUACUUUCAGUUUUAAUCAAAUUGUUGAUAUUUUCAAUCAAUGCAUACCUGACAUCCUUUAUUGAGACGAUAAUCUACAUUUGCAACUUUCUAACCAGAAGAGGUUGUCAUCAAUAUUGUUAUAUAAAAGUAUUAUCUUGCGAACUAGCUGUGUAUAAUUAUGUGCUUAGAAUAUGCAAUGAAAUUCUCUACCUCUUUUUCUUGAAUAUAUUUAAAUGAGAAGUAAAGAAAAAAAGGAGAAGUGUGCUUCGCGAAAAUGGUCAGGGGCAACUAAUCAUACAUGUACCAUCUAUUCUGAACAGGAAGGAAUGUGAACAUAAAUCUCUACAAAAUAAUGAAGAUAUUGCACAACUUCUUAUUCUCAUUGCCAGAAAAUGUGUCGAUAUGAAGAUAAUAUGUAACGCGGGUACUUGCCCCCUUUUGUCCAUCGACCCAUUUGUCAAGUGCAAGAAAUUUGUUGGUUUCAAUUCCAGAGGGCAGGUGGCACUUGCCCCUUCCCAAUGAUUUUUUCUAUUGUGUGUAAAAUGGAAUGGAUGAUGCCAGUCGAUUGCCCCACUCCCGCUUCCACUCAAACCUGAAGAUGUCUUAAUGCUUGUGGCUUUGACAAUUAACGCUGUAGCACAAUGGUUGUAUGUACAUUCAGCUAAACUAUAAAGUAAGUAGGCUAAAGGGGCUUUCACACCGGACCAUAGAUAGACUUGUGUAGUGUUGCGUACCGACUAUGCUGAGCGUAUGCUACCCUAAGUUGGCGUACGUAACUAUACGCAGAGGGAUGCAAAGGGGUAUGCGAGAUGGACGCAAAAAAUUAAAAAUGUUUAUUAUUUUUCACGUACUUUUGACGUAGACACUAGACACAGAAAGUACGCAAACUCUACGCAACACUACGCUACUUUACGCCAUGCCUACGCAAUAUAGUACGUUGCUCUACGCCAGUGCGACGAAGCAGUAAAAACUUGCGCACACAGAAAGCAACCGUACGCAAUCGUAAGCAAACCUGUACGCCAGGCCUACGUAACGGUACGCAACCCUAUGCCUAUUAUACUUAAUCGUACGCGUAGGUAUACGCCAAAUGCAUACGCUGCACCGUAGGUGCCUAUGCACAGGGUACGUAACCAUACGCAAUCGUACGCCAGUCUAAGCAUAACAUACACAGGGACUACGCCGAGACUACGCCGAGACUACGCCAAAGUAACAUUUUUUCAUGGAUACGCAGUCUAAUUUUGGCGUAGUCGGUACGCCACACUACGCAACUCUACGCAGAUCCGGUGUGAAAGGGCUUAAGAAGUGAACUGAAAAUUUUGUUUUUGUCUGUAUGGGUGUGUCUGACUAUGAGUCAAUAGUUCCUUUUUUGUUCUUAUCACCCGCAGUGGUUGUCUUAUUCUUUCCAAGAAUGAUAAAUGUAUGGAUUGAUUUGCUACAAACGUUCAAGUUUAAAUUAGUUACAUUUGGUUUCUGUUUUGUUUUUUCUAGAUUCUUUAUAUUAUUUCUUACACAUGAAAUAUUACUAGUGAAGUGGCUAAUCGUACAGUAGGUGACUAUAUUAUGUUUUGAAAUAAUGGGUGAAAUUUGCUAUUAAAUUCUAGAAUAACUGUUUAACUGAUUGAAUAAUUGAUUGGAUAUGUUUUCUUCAACAUUACAAAAUAAAUAAAUUAUAUCUUGGCUAAU